CUUUUGCUGUUUCUAUUGUCUAAAAUGCCUCUCUCUUCUUAUCCUUCUUUUUAUUGCUGCUUAAGUGUGAGAUUUAGUCUGGAUCUGGAUGAAGCUGGUAGUCACAAGUUGUUAGAGGAACAAACAUGGCUCAUUACUGUGAAAAUGAAAUUCUCAGAAUCUCUUGCUUCCCUAUUUAGAACUUCUAAGCUCUUUGAGACAGACAUAAAACUUGAAAAUGUUCAGUAACAUUUCAAGGCACCCCUUUUCUGCAUGUGACACUCUUUCUGCCUUGUUAUAACCAGCAAAACUUGACAAAGCAUCUUCUCUUUUGAGGGGACAUUUAGAAUUUAGAUGAUGCUAAUGGAUGUGGUGAAGGCAAUUUCAUUCAGUAUUAAAAGCUUUUUGCAGGCUAAUAUUUAAUCUUAAAAAUGUUUACCUAUCACCAUUAGAAGAUUCUAAAGUAUGCUUUCCUCCUUUCUUUCUCUUUUACAGUUUCUGGAUGGGAAAAGAGGAGAUAAAAGAGGGGUAGACAAAAGAGGGGGAGAGUAUAGAACAAAAACAAGAUGAGGAAGUACUGGCUUAAGUAAUGCAGCAAGUUAGUCUAAGAAGAAAACAUAAUAAUGUGCCAACUGACAGAUGAUAAUAAGCAGAGCAUGUCAAAACUAUGAGAUCAGACUCAUAAAAGUACUCUAGUACUUUGGGGAGUCUUGGACUCCACAAUUUAAAGAGGGACUUGGAGAACAUUCAGAGGAGAGCCACGGGACUGAUUAAGCGAAGGCAAAUCCAACUUGAGAAAAGUUGAAAGGACUCGAGACUUUUCAGCCUGGAGAAGUGAUGGUAGUCCAUAUUUGGAAGAAUUACCGAUGAUAUAGAGAAGAAUUCUCAAUGUGAAGUCAGAGGACCUGGAUUUGAAUCCUGAACUGCCUUCUACUACUACCUGUGUGACCCUCAGAAAAUUCCUUCAUUUUUCAUGAUACCACUUUCUUCAUCCAUAAAAUAAAGAAGUUGGACCAGGCAGCAUAGAGUCUAAAGUACUGGACCAGGAGUCUGAAAGAACCAAGUUUGAAUUCUGACCAAUACACUACUUAAAAGGUUUGAGUGAUAAUAUUGAAGCUUAAUUGUCCAAGAUGCCUGUUCCUCCUCCUCCAGCACCUCCACCUCCACCAACAUUUGCUCUGGCAAACACAGAAAAGCCUUCCUUGAACAAAUCAGAACAGGCUGGAAGAAAUGCUCUACUUUCUGACAUUAGCAAAGGGAAAAAACUCAAGAAAACAGUUACCAAUGACCGAAGUGCACCGAUAUUGGACAAACCUAAAGGAUCUGGUGGUGGAGGCAGCAGCUUUGGAGCAGGUGGCAGUGGUGGCGGAUUUAGUGGAGGUAGUAGUGGUGCCACUGGAGGUGGUUUUGGAGGGGGUGGUCCACCUGGUUUAGGUGGAUUAUUCCAGGCAGGAAUGCCAAAGCUGAGAUCCACGGCCAACAGAGAUAAUGUUUCAGAAUCGGGAGGAACCCGCCCCCCAAUUUUGCCCCCGGGAGGAAGAGCUACGUCCGCAAAGCCAUUUUCUCCCCCUGGAGGUGUAGGGCGGUUUCCUACACCUUCUCCGGGCCACAGGACUGGUCCUCCCGAGCCCCAAAGGAAUCGAAUGCCUCCUCCUCCCAGGCCUGAUCUGAGCGCAAAGCCUGACAGCGGUCCGCCUCCCGUGCCUAGCACGCCAAGGCCAACACAAUCAAGUCUCCACAACCGAGGCUCUCCCCCAGUGCCCGGGGUACAUCGGCAGCCCAGCCUGGGGCCAACGCCUCCUCCAUUCCCUGGCAACCGAAGUGCAGGAUUUGGUGGGAUUCGACAGUCAUCUCCAGGCACCUCAUCUCUCUUCUCCAACAGACCUCCCCUUCCUCCUGCCCCGAGCAGGGCCAUGGAUGACAAGCCACCGCCGCCGCCGCCUCCAAUGGGCAACAGGCCUUUGGUCAAUAGAGAAGGGGCUCCCCCACCUCCUCCUCCUCAAAACAAUAAGCCUCCCGUGCCUUCCACACCCAGGCCAUCCUCCUCUUCACAGGCCCCACCUCCACCUCCCCCUCCCAGCAGGCCUGGUCCUCCUCCUGUGCCUCCGGUGUCCAGUGGGAAUGAUGAAAUCCCCAGGCUUCCCCAACGGAAUCUAUCCCUUACUUCUUCUGCGCCUCACUUACCUUCACCAGGGCGUUCAGGUCCACUUCCUCCCCUACCCAAUGAGAGACCGCCUCCUCCAGUGCGAGAUCCACCAAGCAGAUCAGGACCUCAUCCACCUCCUCCACCUAUAAACAGAAAUGGCAGUGCUUCCCGAGCACUGCCUUCUACACCUCAACUGCCUUCCAGAGGUGGAUUAGAAAACCAGAGAAGUAGCCCAAGGCCUCCUCUUCCUCCAGACAGACCUGGCUCUGGAGCUCCACCUCCCCCACCACCUUCAUCUUCAAUGAGAAAUGGCUUUCAAGACGUAUCAUGUGAAGAUGAGUGGGAAAGCAGAUUUUACUUCCAUCCACUAUCUGAUUUGCCGCCUCCAGAGCCAUAUGUACCGAUGACCAAGAGUUACCCCAGCAAAGUGGCAAGAAAUGAAAGCCGAAGUGGCUCCAACAGGAGAGAAAGAGGAGCUCCCCCACUUCCCCCAAUCCCCAGGUGAAUGGGAUGGCCAACCUGCCCCAGCCCAGUUGCUGUAUUUACCUGAACUGAAGAGCUGCUUCUCUUGUCACUGUUGGAAAAUCAGCCCCCUCACCCUACCCACAUUCUUGCCUCUUUUUUGUGUCCUCCUUCGAGUGGCUAAAGGGUAAAAGGUGGGGCUAUUAGGAUGCAUGUGUAUUUUGUGGAUUUACCACAAAUCAAGGAAUAAAAUACACCUAGAGUUUAUGACCAGUACACACACAUAUAUAGUGUGUGUAUGUAUGUAUACAUAUAUAUAAAAUGUAUAAGUAUAUAUAUGUAUACAAACAUACAUGUAUUACCUUUAAAACUAUUGCUUGCUUUAGGUGCUACCUGCAGGUAAAGCCUCGCAUGACAAAUUGGCAAGUGAUGAGAGAUUUCAAAUUCAUGUUAGCAGCUUCUAAAAGAAAUCUGAGCAUUUACUGCCUAUUUGCCUUAAACCUGUACUUCUUAAAGUGUAUUCACUCAUCUAAGAAUGUCUCUUUCAAAAGGAUACUUGCUUAUUUAAUUUUUCUCCCCAUCGUUGCAUGCUUGGCUUACUUCCUACUUCUAUGAACCACAGACCACUUAGGGAGUUUACUGAGUUCCUGCUCAAAUACUGCUUUCAUCCUCAGCACAUUCAGCCCUUGACAAUCUAAGGUAGGGUGUGGGAGAUAGAGCAUUAUGCUCUUAAAGACACUUUUUUUUAAUAACAGUGUACCAUAAUCCCACUUUAAAAAAAAAGACAUCCAAUAAAUGAUUUAAUAAUUAAAAAUUAAAUAAAAAAGAAGUUAGUAUCCCAUAUUCCUUGUUAGAUAGAGAAUUGAUGGCUAAAUAUUGUUUUCCCCUCUUCUCCUCAAACACACAUAUCAUUGGCCAAACUUUAAAUUCAUAACCUUGGUAUUUCAACAUAUAAUUUGGUCUGGUAUAGUUUGUGUUCAUAUGGAAAGUAGUUAUUGAAGAGAAAUUGAAGGUUUAUGAGACUCCCUGGCUCAGAGCUAGCUGGUUAUUCCAUAUGUAUGUCUGCUAGAUUCCUUCCAUACCAGUCUGAAGCAACUUUUGUCUUUCCUUCUUUUUGAGGCAGUUUUCAUGAAAUUUGCCUGGCAUAAAUCCAAUGAUGACCCAAAGUGAAAAGGAGAAAAAGUUAGGAAAAUAUUGCAUCAAAUGCUAUUUUCUAAAAUGUGUAAAAAGAGAAACUGUAUUGAAUAAGUAAGCAUAAGGGCCUUGAAAAUCCAAGGCUGAGGCUUAUCGAAAAAAAAGAGCAUUUUGAAGGAAUAGAACACUGGAAAAUGAAAAAUAUUUGUUUAAAAAAAAUUUAUACGAAGGAACCCAUUAUCUGAGAGCUCUGUGAAUGAGGCUUAGAUAAGAACUAUAGGAAAAGCAGAUGUUCCUUUUUCAUACAAUUUUGUUUACAAAACCUUAAUAGAAAUUUUUAUCUUAAGAUAGAACAAAGGGGAGUGGAAGGGAAGGGGAAAAAAGUUUCCAUCUAAAUAUUUUAUAUACUUGGUUGUGUCUAAAAUUGUUUUAUAUAUUUGUUGUUUUUUAAAAGCACAUUAAUAAUAAGCAUAUAUAGAUCUACCCAAAUUUUUAUUACGAUAUCAAUUUAUUAUUCACAAGUUACUAGUUAACUAAAAAAAAAAUCCGAAGACAAAUUGAAAAGAUUCAUUCAUGUUUAUAGAAUAAAAUAUUCUCUCAUUUAUGUCCAUAUAUAUAUAUAUAUAUAUAUAUAUAUAUAUAUAUAUAUAUACCAGGGGUAUAUAAUGAAUUAUUAAGUUACCAUUUUUAAUUCUUUGUGUUUUUUAUGUGUCUCCUUGCCAAAGUCUUGGAUGUGACACAUGAUUGUUUGUUCUUCAUUCUUCUGCCUCACACAUAUCUGCCAGGCAAUAAAUGCUGUUUGCCUGCCCUGAAAGAUUCAAGGACUGAAGAGUUAUUGCAAGGGCUGGGCCCCAUAUGUCCAAAAGUGUAUUUUUGUUAUGAUCUAUGAUGUUUGGGGAAUUUAUCUACUGAACUAAGUCAUCUUAUUUUGAAAAGCUCAGAAAAGAUGUACCUGGAACAGUGGAAAGAUCAUUGUCUCUGAAAUCACAGGAGUGGGUUCAGACCCCUACUUUGAAUUUACUUCCCUGCCAGGCUCUCAGAUUACUCAUCUAGAAAAUAAAGGGAUUAAAAUAGAUAGCUUUUAAGUUGCCUACACAUUCUCCCUAUGUGUGUUCUUAUCCUCUUAGCUGAUUUUGACAACAUAACAUUCCUAUGAUGAAGACUAAAAUCAAGCUUCUGAAAGUGUGGCCCUUGGUCUUCAUUGUAAAUAUAUAGAAGAGAAAAACUCGCGAGAAAGAAAAUGGUCCAGAUUUUGUGAAUGGAGCAAAUACUCAGUCCAUUGAAUUCUGUGUCCUAGAUGUAGCAUAAAUUUGAGCAUCUCAACUCAAAGUUGCCAACCAUCUGGAAUUAAUACAUUUAGAAUGUAUUUUUUAAAUAAUUGAAUGUUCCAGUAUUCCAAGGAUCUCUUGCUUGCUUUCUUUAAAAAAAAGAAAAAAAAGGAAAGAAAACAAAACCCUUUUUCUAGCCAAAACUUCUCAUAGCAUCUCUAUGGUAAAACUACAAAAAGAAAAGAAAAAGAAAAUACUACUGCAAAAGAUGUAAAAAUCAGCAUUUUUUCUUCCCCCAAAUCUGAGAUUACUAUGUCUGUUUUCAUUUUCUAUAAAGUUUUAGCUAUAUUCAAGAUGCAAUACAGUAUUUUAACAUUCAUUAUAUCAUUUUAUAUUAAAGUAUAUUUACAGUAUUAAGAUUCAGUAUUCAGUAUUUAUUUCACUAUGCAUUUUGUUUAGUAAAAAAAGGUGAAGCAAGAAAAAAAAGUUUACUCCAUUGGUGCCUUACUUUGUGAUUUUAAAGAAAUCAACUUUUUUGUGUCUAUAGCAUAUUAGUAAAAAAAAAAAAAAAAAAAAAAAAAAAA